AUGCCUCCAAGAAUAAUUUUCUGCCGAAAGACCAUUCGACGGAAAACAGAGCCAAAAGGACGCUAUCCAGGGGAAGUUACUUGCUUGCCAGGGCCACCCUAUUACAGCUUCAUCAGUGCUAGCGGCAAAUGCAUAAGCAGCAAGUGGAACUGCACCGAAGACACGUGCCUCGUGCAGCCCAACUUAAUUAAGCAAAUCAACGAUGGUAACUAUGGAUGGAAAGCUAAGAACUACAGUCAGUUCUGGGGAAUGAGUUUGAAAGAAGGUUUCUAUUAUCGUCUUGGCACGUUUCCCCCAUCUGCUGCCCUGCUGGACACAAGACAAGUCACAGAAAACCUCAUCACAGAAACAGAUUUCCCUGAAUUUUUUGUAGCCUCGUAUGAAUGGCCUGGUUGGAUUCAUGACCCACUGGAUCAAAGAAACUGUGCAGCAUCCUGGGCCUUUUCAACUGCAAGUGUUGCGGCAGACAGAAUAGCAAUUGGGUCCAAAGGUCGUUUCACAGACAACCUUUCCCCUCAAAAUUUGAUCUCUUGUGACACCAGAAGCCAGCUUGGAUGCAGAGGAGGAAGCAUAAAUGGGGCUUGGUCUUACCUCAAAAAAUACGGGCUGGUGUCUCAUGCUUGCUACCCAUUAUUCUGGAAUCAACCUGACCCGGCUGCUUGUGGGGUUUCAAGCGUGGCUGAUGGUGCUGGGAAAAGGCAAGCUACGUGGCCAUGUCCAAAUGCCUUUGAACCAUCCAACCGCAUUUAUCAGUGUGGUUCUCCCUACAGAAUCUCCUCACAGGAGACAGACAUAAUGAAAGAAAUUAAGGAGAACGGGCCGGUGCAAGCUCUCAUGCACAUGUAUCGUGAUUUCUUCCUUUACAAGAGCGGGAUCUAUAAGCACAUUCAGAGGACAGGUGGGCAGCCACAACAUGAGAAUCACAGGAGAACCCAUUCUGUCAAGAUUGUUGGGUGGGGUGCACUGCCAGAUGCAGAGGGACAAAGGCAGAAAUUCUGGAUUGCUGCAAAUUCCUGGGGGAGCUCCUGGGGAGAAAAUGGCUAUUUCAGGAUUCUACGUGGAGAAAACGAAUGUGAUAUUGAAAAGCUGAUUAUAGCUACUAAGUGUCACCUUUAGUUGGUUUUCAUUUAUAUCAUUAUUACACUCCAAAAGCUUUUUAUAUACCCAGAAUGUACCAUCUAUAAUGUCUUUCUGCAUCCUUAUGUUUUCUUUGUGUGGCUGUUUUACCUUCACUUAAACGUACUGCAUUUCUGUGUGAAUUAAAACAUGGCUGUACAUCCAGCAUGAUCAAAUUCUGUUACUUGCUUUGCUUCCAGCUCCAGGGAUAUUGGCAGCCCGUCUAUCUUUUUCUUCAUUCAUGGCACAAAUGAAAGGUAGCAUAUGUGUAUAACAGCCAGUUCUCAGGACCUUCUCCUUCUGUAGCAGCUGUGUCAUUACUCAAUAGGUGCCAAUAAUGACUGUGAUGCCACAGGCUGCGCUUGGCAUAUAUAUGCCAAUAUACUGUACCUGCUGCUUGUGUAUAUGGUACCCAAUUAAGGCUGUAAUCCUAUGCACUCCUACCUGAAAAUAAGGUAAAGGUAAAGGACACCAUGACAGUUAAGUCCAGUCAAAGGCGACUCUGAGGUUGCAUCGCUCAUCUCGCUUUUCAGGCUGAGGGAGCCGGUGUUUGUCCGCAGACAGCCUUCCAGGUCAUGUGGCCAGCGUGACUAAACAGCUUCUGGUGCAAUGGGACACCAUGACGAGUCAGUGCCAGAGCGCAUGGAAAUUCCGUUUAGCUUCCUGCCACAAUGGUACCUAUUUAUCUUCUUGCACUGGUGUGCUUCUGAACCUCUAGGUUGGCAGAAGCUGGGACAGAGCAACGGGAGCUCACCACCAUCGUGUGGAUUCAAACUGCCAGCCUUCCAAUCGGCAAGCCCAAGAGGCUCAGUGGUUUAAACAACAGUGCCACCCGCGUCCCUUACUGGAGAGUACGAAGUACUGUUUAAAUUCCAAGCCAGUAAGGGACUUCCGGUCUGGCGCCAUCACCGCUCGGCGCGGGAUCCUCGAGCUCCGAGGUCCCUAGCGCUGCUGAGGAAGGGGAGAGCUGCGUGGGCGACACGGCUACCCAGAAAAAUCCCAGAUUUGGCUUUCUGGGAACGUGAAGAUCCGGCAGUGCUUAGCAAAGUCCCGGUUGUUGCCCGGUAAGCUCUUUUUCAGAGCGCUGAGAGCAGACAGACCAGGACGGAGCCUUGGAUUCAUUCGCUACCUCAGCGGCAUGAAGCCCCAAGCAGGCAGUUUUUUGGAGCGUCAGAUACCUCAAAAACAUGAAUUGGGCCGUGAGUACAAUUUUGGAAUUUGAAAAAGAUUGGAUUUGGCCAGGAAAGGGGAGUAAAAAAUUGGGAACGGAGGUCGCUCCCCCCCCCCCCUGUAACGAAAGAACCAGGAAACAGCAAACUUGCCUUUAGCGCAAAAAAUAUUUUAAAACAACGAUAACCCCCUUUAAGUGGACUUUAAAGCUCUUCCCUUGGCAGCAGAACCAAGGGAAAGAGAACUGAACAGUUACUGUGGUUCUGCAAACAACGAAGGGAGACGGAAAAACCUCCCUGUAACUCGGGAACGGCUUCCGGGAAGCCGCGACCAACCGCCAUUAAGGUGCAACAAAGUGGCAGCAGGAAAGAUACUUUUAUUCGUUUGCACUGUUUAAAUCUUUGAUCUGAAUGUGGAACUAAAUUGCAAAUUUGGAAGGAUGUGGAGGAAUUAAUCUGAACAAUUUGAACAACUCUAAAACAAGAGCAAGGAACAGUUCAGACUUUGUCCUAGAUUUUACAUAGAAACGAAAAAAGAAAUACCACCAUCUUGAGAACAGGAACCCAUGCCAGGCUUGUAACAUGAUACGACAAAGGAUUCAGCUAGGCAAAACACAGAGCCAAAAUCGUGAGGAGAACUGGAUACAGCGGUUGCUGGAAUUGGCUCAAGAAAUAUUACGUGAUCUCCGCAAGGACAAAGAACCCAACUUAGAGGAAGAAUAUUUUCCACCACCAGAGGAAACUUCGAUGCCACAAGCAAAAGACACGGGAACUAACUCUACAAUAUUAGAUCAAACGCAGGAGGAGCGAAAGAACUGGAACCUGUGGCAACCAGUGAGAGAGGGAACACAGGACACAGAUUUAAACCAACAAGCUCUGGAAGACGAGAUUUGGGAACAGGUUCUCCUAGUGAGAGGGGGAGAGCCUGCCCCAACCAGAGAUUAUGAUGCUUGGGCAAAGGAACAAGAAGGGGUAUGGAGAGGUGCUUUCCUAGUGGGAGUAGGAGAGCGCGAUCCAUGCAGUGUGCAAGUUGUGGGACUGGAAAUUGUAAAAAAUGGAAACUGGCAUGGGGAAUGUGCUAAAGAAGAUAUACAACAGAAACAGAAUGGGAGGGUGGGAAAACAGCAGGGAUUGGAGUGGACAAGAGUUGGUGUAGGAUGAAAGACUUAGGGAUUUUGUAAUUGAUGGAUGGAUUAAAAAGGUCUGAACUGGAUUGUUUUAAGGGACUGGUCGGGACUCGUAGGGAAAUGUUUUCCGGGGAAGGGAGGGGGAACCUAGAGGGGAUGGUCAUUUAUUUUAAUUCUUUAGAGUAUUAGAAAUGCAAUAUAGUGGGGUACUUUUGGGGGGAAUUUAGAGGCUAAAAGGGAUUAACUAGAGUACGAUAUGUGCACGUAUGAUUUUUUUCUCUCUUGUAUUGAGCAUUACAUUAUCUAAGAUAUGGAUUGGUAAUAGUAGAUGAGGUCUGUUUUUUUUCUUUUUUGCAUAUUAUGAAAUCUGUCUGAAUGGGGAGUAGAGUAGAUUCAGGAAGGGGAGGGCGGGGAAGUCGGGAAGUGAUUACCAAGUAAGAAGAUUGAUGUAAGAAUUUUUGUUUUUGCUUUUUUGUCUUUUUGUAUUUGGUGUUUCUCUUUUUUCUUUUCUUCUUCUUUUUUCUUCUUUU